AUGACAGAAGACAAGAAAUCCCCAAAGAAAGCGGCGACCAGGUCGUCCAAGAAUUCUACCUGUACAGUUGUAUUAUUAGAUGGUGAAAAUAUAGAAAUUGAUAUACCUAAAGCAGCAGUGGGUCAAGUGUUAUUUGAUAGAGUAUGUGAUCAUUUAGAUUUAUUAGAAAGAGACUAUUUUGGUUUAACCUAUCAAGAUGAUAAAUUCUGGUUAAAUGUUGAAAAGAAAAUAUCAAAACAGAAGAAAAGUGGUGCUUGGGUGUUUGAGUUUGCUGUUAAAUUUUACCCACCAGACCCAACACAGUUACAGGAACAUUUAACACGAUUUUUAGUUUGUUUACAAAUCAGAAGAGAUAUCCUUAGUGGCAGAUUACCAUGUUCCUUUAUUACCCAUGCUAUGUUAGGAUCAUAUAGUGUACAAGCUGAUAAAGGAGAUUAUGAUCCUAAUGAACAUGGCGAUGGUUAUGAUUAUAUUAAAGACAUGCCUUUUGCACCAAAUCAGACCCCAGAAAUGUUAGAAAAAAUAGCAGAAUUACAUCGUCAGCACAAGGGCCAAACACCAGAAGAAGCAGAUUUACAUUUCUUAGAAAAUGCUAAAAAAUUAGCCAUGUAUGGUGUUGAUCUUCAUAAAGCAAAGGAUUCUGAAGGUGUAGAUAUAAUGUUAGGUGUAUGUGCUAGUGGGUUAUUGGUAUACAGAGAUAAAUUAAGAAUCAACAGAUUUGUUUGGCCAAAAAUUCUUAAAAUAUCUUAUAAAAGGAAUAAUUUUUAUAUUAAAAUCCGACCAUCAGAUUUUGAGAGGUUUGAAAGCACAAUUGGUUUUAAACUAGAAACUCACAGAUUAGCCAAACGUCUGUGGAAAACAUGUGUAGAACAUCAUGCUUUCUUCAGAUUACGUGAGCCAGAACAACCUAAAAAUAAUGCAGUAUUUCCACGACUUGGUUCCAAGUUUCGCUACUCUGGUAGAACAUUUUAUCAAACCAAACACAAUACAGCACUCUUGGAUCGUAAUGAACCAUAUUUUGAACGUGUACCUCAACGAGCAACCUACCAUGAAAAAAGUAGAAGUAUGGAUGAACGUAAGUUUGAAUUUGAGAAAGAUUACUAUAUAGAUAUGGCUAAAGCUAAGGCCUAG